CUCUGUCACACACACACAGACGCACAGACACACACCGUCCACCGGCACAUGAAUGACCUCCCUCCUCCAGCACCCCCCACCCCCACAGUUGGUAGCGUCCGGGACGGAGCAUCAUGGCGAUUGACGGAGGGGGGAGGAACUGUGGUGUUCACGAGCUCAUCUGUGCAAGAAAAGUCUCUCCUGAGCUUCUGGGUGUCCUGUCUUCCAUUACAGCCUUCAUGGCGUUGAUGGCUCUGUUUUUUCUUUACCUCAGCAACAAGCUGUCAGUGGCGAGUCCUGACGACCUGUCACAUCUCAACGGGUUAAAGAACAGACAUCCAGAGGGAGUUUUAUCAGACAGCGAGGAGGAGAAAGGCCCCGAGGACGCGGCUCCACGGAACAAGACUUCAGCGUGGAGCAACAAGAGCAAACAGUCCACAGAGCAGGGGGGCUACAGCAGUGAAGCCUCCAGCGGACGAGCCAACAGCAUCCAGAGAAUAAAGAAGAACUCGUCCCUCGGCGAGCCCCGGCCUCCUCCCUACCAGGACGAGGGCUCGGGGGGGCGCGUGUCCUCUCGAUCACGGUCAGAGCGAGGGGUCCGCAGGGGGUCUUCGGCGCAGCGCUGCGACAGCCCCCGCUCCAGUGAGGCCAGCGCUGACCAGGACACUGAGAGCUACCUCAACAAAAACUGUGAGGAGGACAUCCCCAGUGACAGCACGGCUGUUCUGGGACCAGAGGACGGCUCCGGUCCUCACCUCCCCACCGCCUACGAGCCGGAGCCAUUCGCCAAAUACGGCACCCUGGACGUGGCCUUCGAGUACGACUCCGGGGAGCAGUGGUUGGCCGUCACGGUCACCGCGGCGACAGACAUCCCCGCUCUGAAACAGACGGGAAACAUCGCCUGGCAGGUCCACCUCGUCCUGCUGCCCACCAAGAAGCAGCGAGCCAAGACGGGCGUGCAGAAGGGGCCGUGUCCCAUCUUCACGGAAACAUUUAAGUUCUCCAGGGUGGAGCAGGACGCCCUCGGGGACUACGCCGUGCGCUUCCGCCUGUACAGCAUCAGGAGGAUGAAAAAGGAGAAGGUCCUGGGGGAGAAGGUUUUCUACCUGACUAAGCUCAACCUGCAGGGGAAGAUCGCGCUGCCCGUCACCCUGGAGCAGGGCUCUGAGCUCACGGGUUGUGGCUCUGUGGUGAGCGUGUCUCGCAGCGCAGGAGCUCUGUCCUAUCGCUCCACUGAAGACUCCUCCCUGCCGGAGCUCCUGCUGGGUCUGCUCUACAACUCUGCCACGGGACAGUUAUCUGCUGAGGUCGUCCAGGGAAGCCACUUCAAAACCCCGGCGUCGGAAAAACCCGUCAACGGUCUGUUCUGUUGUGUUAAACACUUUGUUGGGGGGCAGCUUUAUGUCAUGAGAGACACCUACGUGAAGCUGACCAUGCUGGACUCCAAGGGGAAGGAGAUGUCCAAGUGUAAGACUGCCGUGUGCCGCGGGCAGCCCAACCCCACCUACAAGGAGACCUUCCUGUUCCAGGUGGCGCUCUUCCAGCUGUCCGAGGUGUCUCUGGUGCUGUCGGUGUUCUGCCGGCGGAGCAGCAUGAGGCCCAGGGAGCGGCUGGGCUGCGUCUCCCUGGGCCUCAACAGCACCAGCGAGGACCAGCAGGCCCACUGGACAGAGAUGAAGGAGGCGGAGGGGCAGCAGGUCUGCCACUGGCACACACUGACCAACACAUAGGGGGCGGAAGAUUCAAGAAGACUGAGAUUUUACAACAUACCCAGAGUUUCAGGGGGGGUAGCAGAAGCACCAGGAGGGAUGUGUGUGUGUGUGCUGCGUACAGGUGUGCAGGGGUUCACUGCCAGAGACGGCAUGAAUACCCUUUAAUCUGCCACAGACUUUUAUUGGUGGAGGUGGAAGCUUCAGCGCCAGCCUUUUAUUGACAGAGAAAAAUGCAGAGGCAGGCAGACUGAGAAUGAAUGACAUUAUCAUUACUGAACUUAAAAAAGGAGUGUUUUCUUUCAGUAAUUCUGCCUACAGCAAGGUCUGCAUGUAACUGUUUACAGGACACAUUUUUCUGUCUCUGAAUCUUGGACCAAAGAGCUCGGUCCAUGACUAGCAGACUCCUCCCUGUCUCUUGUUCUUCUUCUCUGGAUUUAAGCUGCCACCAGCAUACCAGACAUUUCUCUAUCAGUCAUAGCCAUUGACAAUAGAGAAGGCAAUGAAAAGACUGUUACAAAAGGGCCUACAACAUGCUGCAACUAUGCUUACAAGCUAUGCUGUGUACAGAUUGUUUACAUGACAUUAUGCAAGAUCCAUUUAUCCUUUUCCCCUCUUUUAUGUUUUUGGAUUAUCAGUCAAAUGGUUUACUAGAUGUAUGUGUGUCUCUCUGGGGUUUGUGCUACACAAAGACACUUUAUUAUUUGAUUAUUUUUGGUGUUGCAUAACUCGCUACACUAUGCAUCCAACUCCACUUUAAGCUAGAGGAGUGAAAUUCUGUCUUCCGCUCGCUGAGUCUCUUUCAGAAUUGGACACAGCCCUGCAUGCCACUGUAUCAAAGAGCAGCUUCCUUUCCUGUGUAGUACAGAUUGAGCCUGUUUCACCAUUCAGCCUUCUGACAACUCAGCCAUGUUCAUUCAUGUAGAAACAUGGUGCUUCCCGCUGAGGAGGGAUAUGCAAAAGCCUGCGCAGUCCAAUAAACCUGGCUGCUUCUCUGCCGCUGACAGCAGUGAAGUGAGCCGGAGUGGCAGAAUGAAAUUACAUUGAAAAGGAACAUUUUCUGAUUACAAGGGACUAGGAGAUGGAUAAUUAAAUAAAGGCGGAAAUAAAUUAAAACAUUGUGCAGGAGUGUGAGGAAUCUGGUUUUACAUGCAUCUGGAACAAAGCCAAUUUCAUUAGCUAUGAGUCAGAAAAUCCCCCCAAAAACCUCACUGAAGACUCCACAGCCACACCCCGAGUUUCAGGCAGAAGCAUGAAGCCCUCCCUCUUCUCUCCUCUGGCUGAAGCUGAGGGGUGUGGGAUGCAUUUUUCUCGUCUCAGUGAUGUCAGACCUGACCCCGUCCUCUGGGUUCGGCCCUGCAGCUACACUUCGCUCUGACAGUUCCUGCAGAGCCACAUUUUCAAUUUAAUUCAUUAUAAGAUACACACCAGAUGUGUAGCAUUCCUGAGAGAUAAACAAAUGGCUUUUGAUUGCAGAGAUGGGAAUCACAGCCACUGGAGUGUUUUCAUUAGAAUGGCAUUUUGUUCCAAGCACAAUUUGUGCGUUACCAGCAUUUACAAUCCGUUAGUUCCACUUUUUGGGAAACGACUGACCAAUCUCAUGCCAGUAUGAUAAAUAUGAAGCUUAUAGUUUGCUUACAGACAGCAGCUGGGUUAUUUAGCAUUAAGGAAACAUUAGUCAACUAUGGAAGCCCAUUUCUGCCCAAAAAAUACUUCAAAGAUUAUGAGAUAGCUUCUUAAAAUGACUUAUCUCAGUAGCUAUAAGCAGGGGGGAUUUAAACAUUAUUACCAAACAAUUUCUUUAAAAAGAAAACUCAGAUUCCCUCUUCCUAUCUUUAGGACAUAUCAAAUACUCAACGUGCAGGAGUGUGUUUUGUAAAAGAACAAGGCUAUACGUCAGAUAAUGUUUUCACAAUGUUUUUAUUUCCAUUAAUCUGGCCUUCAAUGGUAUGUCUGACUCGGUCAUCACAGCUCAGGCAGCGCUGCAAGGGGCUGGAGGCGGACCCUCACCCUGGAUCACACAUAGUUUCACCCAACACCCAGCAGAGGGACCGCGGCCUUCAGGGGGAAAGUAUCCUGCCCCGGGCCAUGGAAAACCAGCUGUGCCACAUAUCCUAAAGGAGAGGGGGGAGGUACUGACUUCCAAAAAAAUACCAUCUAACCCCAUUUAUGCCCCAGGACCGGUUUAGGCAGCCAGGUAAUUAUGAGGCCCCCAGGAGCUGCAAUAAAAGCGUUCAGGUGAGGUGGUUUUCCAAGUCUGGUGCAGCACGAGUGCACAUUUCCAUUUUAGACUGGUGUAAUUAGGAAUCUGGCUCUUUACCCUGUUUACCUAACAUGCCUAAUGUAAUGGUUUUGAGGCAGCAGCAGCCACCUGGAGCAGGUAGAGAUUUGGCUUCAAAGACACUUUAUGACUGUGCUAGAAGCUUCUUUUCAUUUUAUGACAUUCUGUUUCAAGUUGACCUUCCCAAGAACCAGGACAUCUUGACGUCCAUAAAACACUUUCCUGCCCGAGUGCUGCUCUCAGGUCUGUUAGGUUCCCCCUCAAGCAUUAAGUGGCACAAGCUAGUUUUCCUUGGUAAUGUAAUACAGAUAUACGGCUAAGUCCUGUUGGGACUUCUUAAGGAUAAGGAAUAAUGAACUACAAUGUUUUGUUAUUUUAUUGAAUGUGUCAUCAGUUUAAAAAAAUGUUUUUUAAUAAUAUAUUCAAUAAAUAUACAGGAACCAUGGACUUGUGAGAGUUUCUGUUUCAUAAAAGCAUCCUCACAGUUAGAAUCUUAUUUAGGGGAAAGCAUCAUUAAUUUGUUUUUUUAAAAGGCAUGUUUUUAGGUUAAUGUUUUGUUCAGAUUACACAAUUAAAGUCUGAUCAAAUAAAGGACUUUGGAUUUAUAAUACAGGAUGGAAAGGGCUCCAAUGGAUCGCCUUCUGAACGUAAGUACCAUGCAGAGUGGAAAUGGAUGUACCAGACUGCAACCACUCACACGCUGCACCGAAACAAUGCUCUGAAGCAGCAGACAUCGUACCUAUUUGGCAAAGAAAACAUUCAUCAAGCAAUGGUAAAAAACAAACACAGUGGAACCAAUAUGGCGACACUAAAGUGACGUUUCUGUCUGAGCCGGGAGCGAUCUAUACAGGAGGCAUGAACAUGGCGGGACAUUUGUAUUACAUCUGUCGCAGCGCUAUAACUGGAAAUAUAUUAAAGAGAGUAGUUUGAAAUGUUGGAAAACAUGCUUAUUUACGGUCUGGUGGAGAGUAAGAUGAUACUAUUUAUUAAUUCAAUAGGCUUACCUUUAGCCUGUUGCCAGGUAGCUUAGCAAAAAAAACAACAGCUAAACAGCUUGUCAUGUUUACACCUUAUGUUUUGUUUGGAUUUAACAAAACAUUAGUAAGUGCGCUUCAAAGAUACUGAUUUUGGUACGAGUUAAAGGUGGGGUAGGUCAUUUUGGAGAAACCAGCUCGAGUGCGCUAGAAUUUGAAAAUACACAGCCGGAAAAAAUCUGCCACUUCCUUACAGAGCCCCUCCUCCAACACACACGAAC